AGUGUCGGCGCGGCUCCUUUGAGCGCUCGUCUGGCUGGCGGACACAGAGGUCUCGCGUUCUCUCGGCGAAAUUUUGCCGUCUUUAUUCCCACCGGUCAACACCGGUCGCCGCAAAGGUGGAAACAACGUUUGGAAGGAGUUGCUAACCGAGGUUUUACCCACGGGGAGAAACUACUGAAAGGCAAGUCGUUAGGCUUUAAAAGUUUUUUAAUGUAGCUUCACAGGCAUACGGGAGGUUACUCGUCAACGGGAAAAAUAAACAGAACGGUGCCCGUUUAUGGACAAAAUCCGCUUGCAAGAGGGCAGUAAAAAAGGGGGCCAAAGUUCGCAAUUUCGGCUCCGGCCAGCGGUGGACGAAGCCGAAGGCGAGCCAAGCCAGCGGGAAGGCUGUGGAGCAGCCACCGUCGCCAAUAUCGCCACUCGACCCCAAGCGCUUUGGGUGGGGGAGGGGGGGGCGCGGGGGAGCUCAGCAGUAAACCAGCCACCUCAGCCAGCGCAAGUGGGAAAAGCGGUGAGAAUUUCACCGCCAUGAAUAACCAAAGUUAAGCAACAACAACAACAACAAAAAGGUGGUCGACUUUCAAGUUUCAUCAGCGAGCAGUCAACCGACACCUGCACGGGUUCGACGAUGGAGGGGACCAAAAUGGCCAUCGCGUCGUCGGACGCCAGCACUUCGGCACCUGCCGCCCACACGGCGGCGGCGUCCGGAGCCACGGCGGUGGCGGCGUCGGCGUCGUCGUCUUGGAGCGGCGUAGCGAUCCCCACCCUGGACGCGGCGAUCCUCGUGAGCGGCGUCUUGGGCCACGCGCUGGUCGUCGUCAUCCUGUCGUGCAAGCGCCGGAAAGGGCUCAGCGGCAGCCGCACCGACGUACUGCUGCUGAGCCUCAGCGUCGCUGACCUCACCCAGCUCGCCUGCCUGCCGUUCAACUCCGCCUCCAUCGUCCUGCACGAGUGGAUCUUCGGCGCGGCGCUCUGCAAGCUGUUCAGCUUCCUGGCCACGGCGUGCACCUCGGCCAGCGUGUUCACGCUCACCGUGCUCUCUCUCAACCGGUACGUCACAGUGGCCCACGUGAGCUGGGCGUACCGCCUCUCGCGCUCGUGGGCCACGCACGUGACCAUGCUCACGUGCAUAUGGCUCCCGGCGCUCGUCAUCGCUCUGCCGCAGCCCAUCUACAACAAGCUGCACGUGGAGCCCCUGUACUGCCUGGCCAUCCACAUGGUGGACAACGGCAGCAGCCACAUCGCCUACGCCUCCGUUCUGUUCGUCAGCUGCUUCGUCCUGCCGCUGCUCAUUAUCAGCUUCGCCUACUGCCGCCUCGUCUGCUACGUGAACAAGCGUCGGCGCAGCCCAUCGUGCGAGCUGCGGGCGUCGCGGGGCCCCGCCUUUGACAACUACAACCAGCGGCUCACCGUCACCGUUGUCCUGCUGGUGGUGGCCUUCGUGGUGUGCUGGCUGCCGUCGUACGUGGUCAUGUACCUGACGGCGCUGGGCAAGCAGUCUCAACUGAACUUUGGGACGUUCAUGUUGGCCCGCCUGAUGUCCUUGACCAGCCUGGUGAUCAACCCCUUCAUCUACGCGUUCCUGUCCAGGCAGUUCCGUAGAGACCUGCGGGAGGUGUUCGAGAGCGGCGCGAGGUGCUGGGUGUCUCGGGGAAACGACGCCAGGGUCAAUCCCUGCCCAUGCGCAGACAUUUGCGGCGAUAUAGCCUAGCGGGUUAGGAACGCUCGCCCGCUUGUUGCGAAGGCACGCGAAUGUUCAAAACGUCAGCCGCCCUGGCGGCUGACCUCGGCAAAGCACGCCGCCUGCUUCACGGCGGGUUUCGAAGAUCCCGUGACAUCAUUGACGAGAGCAGGCCCUUGUAUGCCAGUGUCGUGUGGCUCGAAUUUGUGAAGAGAUUUACCAGCAAUUUACUGGAAUAAAAAUAUGCAGGGCAAAUCGUCGCCACCGACUUGGCAGGACCAUCCUUUAAAGAAAGUGACGAUAGUCUCUUUGAGGCUUUCGUGGGUAAAUAACCGUAGUAGUAAUAAUAACAACAGUACAUUUUUUUAUCCAAAAGCCGGGCACUGAUCCUCCAUUGCGACCAAAACAAUUCACGGAAUAAAAUGUUAAAUCAUUCUUCACCCGAGGCUCCCACCUC